UGCUAACGUUGGUUGACAAGGAUGGUUUUAGCUAACAUGCUAACAGUUACCAUGUCACACGAACAUUAGACAUUCAAUGCGUUAUCCUUAUGUUGUGGGGGGAAGCGUUACCUCCACUACUGAAUGACGAGUACAGCUCUACUUAAACAUGUGCAGACAACUGAGGAUACAGCCUUCUAGUUGCUACUAUCCCAAGAAAAGAAGAAAAACAUCAAAAUCCUACACCUGUAGCCUGCUACUUCGCAGUGGCGAUAAAAGGCGACAGCCAUGACGCGAAUGGGGCGGUCUUAAAUUGAAACUGGAUAGGUUGCCCAUAAUUUGAAGUUUGCCAAGUAGCCUACCACAUUUGCCACAAUGCCAGAGCCGGACAGGCACCACCGACGGGAUGAUCACCGCCAUAAAAGCAGAGAACGAGAACAGUCUCACUACACAAGAGAUGAUGAGAGAGAAACGGAGAACUAUUAUGAGAAGAGAAACAGGACCGGAGAAGAGAGGAACUACAGCAAUGAUAAGAGUAACACAAAGCGUAAUUAUCCCGAGAAAGACAGAGGUGCAUACACUCACCCAGACAGGCAUAAUUAUGACUCUCAUCAUGACCAAGGCCAUCAUAGACAGUACUUGGAAAGUCCUGUGUCUUCUUACAACCAGUAUGACCCACAACACCGAGAAGCACUUCACAAUAUCAGAUAUUUGGGCACAGGAAGAGGAAUUUGCCAGGCAAUGGAGGUAUUUCUCAACAUGUUGAUCAUUAUAUGUGCUGGAGUUUCUCACAGUACAAAGGGGGAGUACCGUGAUAUUGCCAGCCUUGGUGGUUUGUAUGAAUACCACUAUGGAGGUGCCAGCGCUUUCACCGGAGCAGAGGCAGAGCGAGUGAAACAACUUGACCGACAGUUCUAUCAGCUCAAGCUGCCCCCUUACAUCUUCAGCAUGGCAUGUGGAGGGGCAUUGAUGGUUUAUGCUCUCCUCAUGCUGGCCCUGGGUAUCUUCCGUGUGCCAUACCGCUGGCCAUUGACAUUACUGGUAGAGGCCAUACUGAAUGGCCUGAUUGGCUUGGGCUACAUCCCUGCAGUGGCGUUCUACUUCAUUAAACUUCAGGAGACUUACAACCACCCCAUUUGCAAGGAGAGGGAGGAAAUGUAUAAGAGCAAAGGUCACAGAGGAUUUGAGUGCUCACUCCAUGGGGCAGAUGUUGCAGGAGGUCUGUUUGGGGUGAUGGGGGUCAUUCUUUUCCCCCUUGGUGCAGUGCUGGCUAUCAGGGCUUUCAGGGCAGUCAGAGAGCGCAAGAAGCAGCAGGAGCUGGAGAACAAUCAUUUGUAAAAAGGGUCUUCUCCAGUUUUUUUGUUUGGGCUAUAGGUAUUUUGGGGUUCAGCACGGUCUGAGAACAAAUUUCCACUCACACAAGAGAGAUAGGGUUAUUACUGUUAUUUGAUAUCAGAAAUUUAGCCUACAGAAAGCACACAUUAGGUACAGAACUCUCCACUGGUUGGAAUUGAAAUUCCAUAUCUGUGCACUAUACAGUACAGAAUACACUACUUGCGCUUAAAAUCUGAAUAGCUUGUUUUUUACUGCUGAAACAGAAGGGAAACAGAAACUAGCACACAUAAAUCUCAUUACCAUUUGUAACUUUUGGCUGGACACUUUAACACUAUGUUUACUUGCAGAUUGCUGUCUAUAGUUACAUAAUAACUAUACAUAAUUUUAAAAUAUGUAGUUUUAUGUAGCUGUAUUGUUUUUUUGUCUUUGCUUUUAUCUAAAGACUAACGAUUAUAGGUCAUUUGUAUUAGUUGUCAGUGUGUCAAAGCUAAUAGGCCAUUUAUAUUGGUGUCAAUAUCUUUUGAGCAUUUUUAGAUUGACUUAUUUUUAUGGUAUUUACAUGUCUAUUCUUUUUAAAAUGUAUAUACAUUCCAUUUCCCACUUAAUAAAUACUCAUUUCUGGA